CUAAUAGCCUAAUAUGCAAACAUGCAACACCAUCUUCAGUCUUGACCACUCAUAGCUCUUCCUCUCUUCCCCACACAGGAGCCCCACCAGAAUGCCCUAAAUGUUAUCCGCCGGUGAGUUCACCAAUCACCUUAGCCGGCCGGAGCCGAGCAUUCCAAGAGUGCUGACCAUACUAUCUUUUGUACUAGAGAAGUUAGUGGCUCGAAAUAAUGGUCUAAUAGAUGACCUGACCCAACCACUGGAUGCUCUGAGCUGUGGCUCGGCUGCAAUCGGGAAGAGAUUGAACCCGUUUCACGGCGUGAGGGCUCCGAGUAUAAGCAUACCAAAGUACUUGGAGAGGCUGUACAAGUACACAGAUUGUAGCCCUUCAUGUUUUGUGGUAGCAUAUGUGUAUAUAGACAGACUGGUGCAUAAACACCCUGACUCGCUUGUGUUGUCCUUGAAUGUACAUAGGUUGCUGGUUACAAGCGUCAUGGUUGCUUCUAAGAUGCUAGAUGAUGUGCAUUAUAACAAUGCAUUUUAUGCCAAGGUUGGGGGAGUAAGCAAUGCUGAACUGAACAGACUAGAAGUGGAGUUUCUUUUCCUGCUGGAUUUUGGAGUCACAGUCAGCUCCAGAGUCUUUGAGAGUUAUUGCUUUCACUUGGAAAAAGAAAUGAUGCUAAAUGGGGCAUGCCAAACAAUUGAAAGGGCUUUAGUCCCCAUUACUGAUGUGGCUGAUGUGCCCGAAAUUUCUGAAAAUACGCAGAGUUCCUCCUCAGUACCACAUCAUGGUACAUCGAAUAAAUGGAGAAGAAAUGAGCUUAAAGGUAGAAGGGAUGCAGAAAUGAGCUGAAAUGAAGAAAUUGAGUUUUCCUGGUCCGACUAGGAAUCCCAGUCAACGCAGGAAUCCUGAUGAGGCUAGGAAACCUGAAGGCAUUAGGAGAUCACAUGGCUUGAAGAUAUUAUUGAAGAUAUUAUGGGAGAUUAAAAUCAGUUUUAGCAUGGGAAAUCAAGGAGAUUACAUUGAGAAUAUCAAGGGAGAGUUUCAAGGGAUUGUGCAACAAGAAAAUGCUCAAAACAAGUCCAGAUUCGUUCCUUAAUUCCCUCAAGAUAUGUUGGCUGAAAUUAGAGAAUAAAAUCUGCAAUUUUAAUGAGAAAAUCA